AGGUAUUAGUUUUCCAGAAUGAACGCAGUUGGCAUUUUCAUAAUAUGUCUGGCAUGUUCCCUUGGAGCGAAUAUUCCUCCAAAACCGUGCCAAGUGGAAACAAAUUGUGGUACGGUGAAUGAGACAAGUUCCAUUUGCGGAUUGGAUGAGGAAAUGGGUUGUAUACGAAAAUUUCCAUCCAAGUGUCAUUUGGAUAUAGCAUUUUGCCAUGAAGGAAAAAAUUUCACCGACUUUAAUGAGGAAUAUUGCUCAAUGGAAUCGUAUCUCUGUGAGAUUUCACCCACAUACGAACGCUGGACCAUUUUCUUCGGGCAUGAGAAUUAAUUCUAAUUGAAAGUGCGAAAAUUUGCUGCAUUACGCUUAUAUAACAGAAUUUAUCUGUUUUCAAAUUAAAUUUUUUUCUCAUUUCUAGAGUAUUUUUACAUAAUAUGAAAUUAGUCCCGCAUGAUUG